AUGAAGGUAUAUGAGAGUGAGAAAGCAAAGUUGAAGACGUUGAAGAAUGUGACCAAGAUUAGUUUGACUACGGAUUUGUGGAAUUCCAGCAAUCAGAAGAUAGAGUAUAUGGUGCUCAUUGGGCAUUGGAUAGAUGGUAAUUGGAGGAUGAAUAGACGUGUCCUCAACUUUGUACAUUUACCUCCUCCCCGUACCGGUGUUAGGAUUGUUGAUUCCAUUUCCAAAUUAGGCAUAUCAUUGACAACAUCUGUGAGAGUGUCUUAUACAUCAAUGUUUCAGAGUAGGAUUAAGAUUUUUAUUGAGAUUGUGCAACAACUUAAAUUGUCGUUUCGAAAGCUCAUUCUACAUUGUAAAACAAGAUGGAAUUCGAUGUAUGAAAUGUUGACAACGACGAUUAAGUUUAAAAAAGUAUUUCCCAAGUUGAAAGAAAGGGAUUCAAGUUAUCAUUACUAUCCACAAGACGAGGAUUGGGAGAAAGUGUGUGACAUUUUAAAGGUUUUUAGUGGUAUAACCAAUCUCAUUAGUGGGAGUGAUUAUCCGACAUCUAAUUUAUUUCUAAAAGAGGUCUGUUUAGUGAAAAUGAUGUUGGAUAGUAAGAGUGAAGACGGAGAUAAGUUCAGUAGAAACAUGGUAAGGAAGAUGAAGGAGAAGUUUGAUAAAUUUUGGGGGGAAUGUAAUGUACUGAUGUAUGUGGCUGCUGUAUUGGAUCCUCGAUUGAAAAUGAGGGUAAUUCAGUGGGCCUUCCCCAAGAUGUAUUCUGAGUUAGAAUCUCGUGCAAAUACUAUAACUGUUUGGGAUACAUUGUAUGAACUAUAUGGAGAGUAUGUUGAAGCUAAUAAAGCUUCUACUAUUUCUCGUGGGCCUCCAGUAGUAGGGGAUGGAGUUGGAGCCGUUGGUGAGGAGGCAACGACUUUGAGAGCUGCGAGUUGGGAUGAUUUUAGCAGUUUUUGUGGAGACUGUUGA